AUGAAGGGAUUGAUUCUUGUCGGCGGUUACGGUACUCGUCUUAGACCUCUCACUCUUACUCUCCCCAAGCCCCUCGUUGAGUUUGGCAACAGACCUAUGAUUCUUCACCAAGUCGAGUCUUUGGCUGCUGCCGGUGUCAAGGAUAUCGUUCUUGCCGUCAACUACCGCCCUGAGGUCAUGGUGGCCACUCUCAAGAAGUACGAAGAAGAAUACGGCGUCAACAUUACCUUCUCGGUCGAGACUGAGCCUUUGGGCACUGCCGGUCCUCUCAAGCUCGCUGAGGAUAUUCUUAAGAAGGACGACUCGCCAUUCUUUGUUCUUAACUCAGAUAUUAUCUGCGACUACCCCUUUGCCGAACUGGCUGAGUUCCACAAGGCCCAUGGUGGUGAGGGUACCAUUGUUGCUACCAAGGUUGAUGAACCCUCCAAGUAUGGUGUCAUUGUUCACAAGCCCGAGUCUUCUCAAAUUGACCGCUUUGUUGAGAAGCCUGUUGAGUUUGUUGGUAACCGCAUCAAUGCCGGUAUCUACAUUCUGAACCCCUCUGUCAUUGACCUUAUUGAACUCAGACCUACCUCUAUUGAGAAGGAGACCUUCCCUAAGCUUUGCGAAAGAGGCUCGCUCCACUCAUUUGAUCUUGAGGGCUACUGGAUGGAUGUUGGUCAACCUAAGGACUUCCUUUCCGGAACCUGUCUCUACCUUACUUCUCUUGCUAAGAAGAACUCUAAGCUUCUGACAGCCACCUCUGAACCCUUUGUUCAGGGCGGUAAUGUUCUCAUUGAUCCCACGGCCAAGAUUUCUCCUGAGGCUAAGAUUGGCCCCAAUGUUGUCAUUGGCCCCAAUGUCACUGUUGGCGCCGGCGCCAGACUCUCGCGCUCUGUUGUUCUUUCCAAUGCUAACAUUAAGCCCCAUGCCUAUGUCAAGAACUCCAUCAUUGGCUGGAACUCUACUGUCGGCAGAUGGGCCCGUGUUGAGAAUGUCUCUGUUCUCGGUGAUGAUGUCGAAGUUAAGGAUGAGAUUUACGUGAAUGGUGGCCGUGUCUUGCCUCACAAGACCAUUGCUGGCAAUGUCGAGAAGCCCGAGAUUAUCAUGUAA